GCAGAGUCUGUGGCCAAAGGCUGCUUUAUCGUAACAGUUUCUCCAUCAUUCAAUUCAUGAUCAGUCCUGAUGGACAUAUGAGAUAUGUUCUCUCUAGCUUGGAAGAGUGCAUGUUGAAUCCCUCUGGAGUUUGGACAGAUAAAUGGAGAGAAGGGUAGUGAUCAUAGGAGCAGGAAUUAGUGGCCUUCUCGCCUGCAAGUAUUCGGUCGAGAAGGGCUUUGACCCGGUGGUGUUCGAGGCCGAGGACCGCAUCGGGGGAGUCUGGAAUCGCACCAUUCAAUCGACCAAGCUGCAGAAUGUGAAGGACGGCUUCCGGUUCUCGGACUUCGAUUGGCCGGCCUCUGUGCAGGAGAUAUUCCCCAGCCACACUGAAGUCCUGGACUAUGUUGAGUCCUAUGCUCGGCACUUCAAUUUAUAUCCUUACAUCAAGUUCUAUUCCAGAGUGAUUAACGUCGAUUUCGUUGGGGAGUCAUUCGAAGAGAUGAAGACGUGGGAUUUGUGGGGCGGGACGGGGAUGGCAUUUGGCUCGAAAGGGAAGUGGCACAUUACUGUCCUGGACACAGAGACAAAUGCCACAGAGGUUCACCAAGCUGAAUUUGUUAUUCUCUGCAUCGGACGGUUCAGCGGGCUUCCUAACAUUCCGGAGCUCCCACCAGCCUAUUGCUCCAAAGUGUUCGAUGGCAAGGUGAUGCAUUCAAUGGAAUAUUCAGAUAUGGAGAAAUCUGCAGCUGCUGAGUUGAUUAAAGGAAAGCGAAUCACAAUUGUCGGUUCGCAGAAAUCGGCAGUGGAUUUAGCAGUCGAAUGUGCAGAAGCAAAUGGAGUCAAGUACCCUUGUGUGAUGAUCCAGAGGAAUCCUCAUUGGUUGCUGCCCGGCAACGGCUUCUUAAUAUCUCACGUUGGUCACUUGUACUUCAAUCGAUUUGCUGAGCUGUGUCUUCAUAAGCCGGGACAAAACGUCCUGUACUGGCUUCUAGCCACAGUGCUUUCGCCAUUGAGAUGGGGCAUCUCGAAAUUCUCGGAAAUCUAUCUCCAGUGGAAACUCCCGUUGAAGAAGUACGGAAUAGUACCGAGACACAGCUUUCUUGAGGACAUGUCUUCGUGUCAAAUCGGCAUGCUGCCCGACAAUUUCUAUGAUAAAGUUGAGGAGGGAAGCAUCCUAAUCAAGAGGUCGCAGAGCUUUCGCUUCUGCAGGGAAGGUCUGAUAGUGGGCGGAGAAGACAAACCGAUCUCGAGCGAUCUCGUGAUCCUUGCCACCGGAUAUAAAGGCGAUCAGAAGCUCAAGAACAUUUUCAGAUCUUCAGUCUUUCAAAAGUACCUCGUCCCUUCACCUACUUCAACCAUUCCUCUUUACAGGCAGGUGAUUCAUCCUCGGAUUCCGCAGCUCGCAAUUAUAGGAUACGCGGAGGGCUUUGCAAACCUGCCGUCUUUUGAGAUCAGAUGCCAGUGGCUUACGCACCUCCUCGAUGGGAACAUCAAGCUACCGAGCAUUGGGGCAAUGGAAAAGGACACAGCCAGGUGGGAAAGUCACAUGAAGCGAUAUGGCAGGAGGAACUUCCGGAGAUCAUGCGUUCUAACCACCAACAUUUGGUACAAUGACCAGCUGUGCAAGGACAUGAACUGCAAUCCCAGAAGAAAGAAGGGGUUUUUGGCCGAGUGGUUCCAACCUUAUGGACCAGCUGAUUAUGCAGGCCUCACUGAUCAGAAACGCUGAACAACAAACAUGUCCUUAUGAUCGGUGAUGAGUUCUGAACAAAGACAUUAUCCUCCUUAUGAUCAGUGAUGAAUUCGACAUUUUGCUUGUAAUAUUUUGUAUUGCAAAAGUCUACAAGAUUCAAGUCAUAUGAAUG